CACACGGCGGAGCAAAUGGAGCCGUAUGUGGACGAACUGCUCGGCUGGCUUGCUGAUCCCAAUUGGCCGCCUUAUCUGGGCUGCCAGAAGCAGCUUGCCCGGUUCCCUGAGGUGACGAUUGAUCCCAUCAAGGAGGUUAUUCUCAAAAAUCGAAGCGAUCCAGAGUGGCUGCUGUACAUCCUGGACUUUGUAGAGGGGCACGUGCCCGUGGGGACGUUGUGGAAGAGAAUAGAGCCCGAGCUGAUUCAGCUAGCGAAUGGCGAGGUCGAGGAUGAAGAGGGCGUCGUCGAGCUGCCGAAAUCUGCUCAACGCAUGCUGAGGUUGCUGAAAGAGGCGGGUGAAACGGAUGCAAGUUGAUCAACUGUGAGAUCAACUGUGAGAUCAACACUCCUCUCAAAGUAAUCAAACAUAAGAGAGCAAAUGUAUACCUUGAAACUAAUGAAUACAUGUAAAUUUGAAGCAAAACCAAGAUGAAUUUUUGCUCUUCAUCUUGUAUCAAUGAAAGUGGAGUUGAGUUGCCCU